AAGCCAAGUCCUCUAUCAGAACCAAAUCGCUGAGCCUGUCACCUGUGUUCCAGGAGCUGAACCAGAAAUGUCGUCCUCAGGCAUGCCAGAAUUACCAACUCCACUCACCAAUUUGAAGUUUCAGUACACCAAGAUCUUCAUAAACAAUGAAUGGCAUAAUUCAGUGAGUGGCAAGAAAUUUCCUGUUAUAAACCCUGCAACUGAGGAGAAACUCUGUGAGGUGGAAGAAGGAGAUAAGGAAGAUGUUGAUAAGGCAGUGAAGGCUGCACGGCAAGCUUUUCAGAUUGGCUCUCCCUGGCGUACAAUGGAUGCUUCUGAGAGGGGUCGGCUGCUGUACAAGUUGGCUGAUUUGAUUGAAAGAGAUCGUCUGCUGCUGGCAACAAUGGAGUCAAUGAAUGGUGGGAAACUGUUUGCCAAUGCAUAUAUGAUGGACUUAGGAGGCUGCAUAAAGACACUCCGUUACUGUGCUGGCUGGGCUGACAAGAUUCAGGGCCGUACAAUACCUAUUGAUGGGGACUUUUUCACUUACACAAGACAUGAACCAGUUGGUGUGUGUGGUCAGAUCAUUCCUUGGAAUUUCCCAUUGGUUAUGCUGAUUUGGAAGCUGGGACCUGCCCUCAGCUGUGGAAACACUGUGGUUGUCAAACCAGCAGAGCAAACGCCACUCACUGCUCUUCAUGUGGCCUCGCUCAUUAAAGAGGCAGGGUUUCCUCCAGGAGUCGUGAAUAUUGUCCCUGGCUAUGGACCUACGGCAGGGGCAGCCAUUUCCUCUCACAUGGAUGUUGAUAAAGUGGCCUUCACAGGGUCCACGGAGGUUGGCAAAAAGAUCAAAGAAGCAGCUGGGAAUAGCAAUCUGAAAAGAGUGACCUUGGAGCUGGGAGGAAAGAGCCCUUGCAUUGUAUUUGCAGAUGCUGACUUGGAUAGUGCUGUUGAAUUCGCACACCUUGGGUUAUUCUACCAUCAGGGGCAAUGUUGCAUUGCUGCAUCACGGCUUUUUGUGGAAGAAUCAAUUUAUGAUGAGUUUGUUCGAAGAAGUGUUGAACGUGCUAAGAAGUAUGUUCUUGGAAAUCCUCUAGCCGUGGGAAUCAGUCAAGGACCUCAGAUUGAUAAAGAACAAUAUGAAAAAAUUCUUGGCCUCAUUGAGAGUGGGAAGAAAGAAGGGGCAAAGCUGGAAUGUGGAGGAGGACCAUGGGGAAAUAAAGGCUACUUUAUCCAGCCCACUGUUUUCUCUAAUGUUUCAGAUGAGAUGCGCAUUGCCAAAGAGGAGAUAUUUGGACCAGUACAGCAAAUCAUGAAAUUUAAAUCUUUAGAUGAUGUGAUCAAAAGAGCAAACAAUACUCUGUAUGGAUUAUCAGCAGGAAUCUUUACCAAAGAUCUUAAUAAAGCAAUAACAGUAUCAUCUGCCCUGCAGGCUGGGACAGUGUGGGUGAAUUGCUAUAGUGUCGUAUCUGCCCAGUGCCCGUUUGGUGGAUUCAAGAUGUCCGGAAAUGGACGAGAACUGGGAGAAUAUGGUCUCCAUGAAUACACAGAGGUCAAGACGGUCACAAUGAAAAUUUCUCAGAAGAAUUCAUAAAGAAACUACAGGCGUGGAAAGAAAAAGCAGCAGUCACUAAGCAUCCCCAACAUUGCUAAUAUAUUAUAGUGGGUUUUAAACAAAGUUGUUCUUUUCUUGAUUUCUUAAAAAAUAAUCAAAUCAUAUUAGCAUUACUUCUGCACCUAGAAAAAGUUGCUGUGUGGCUCAUUCUGAAAGAAUCAUUUUUCUUCUGAUAUGUGACCCCAAAGCCCUAUCUGUAAAAAAAAGAAUUAAAUUUCAAAGCAAGAUCUCUCUAGCUCUGUAAUAGUCACUUAGUUUUCUUUGUAGCUACUUGUCCAAGAUAAUCAUUUUAUGGAAGAGGACCAAUUGUCUUUUAGCUUGUUUCCCCUUAUGAUGUACCUUGAAGUACUUAACAUACAUGUUAAUUGCGGGGUGUAUGUGCGCUGUCCCUGGAAGUCGUUAAGUCAUUGGAGUUUGUUGAAAACUUAUCUAGAAUGUCUGUCUGCUUGUCAAAUGAAGUAAUACCUGAAGUACUUUGCUGUAAUCUGAAUAACGCUAAUAAAAACAACUCUGCAUGA